AUGAGUUUCAACUCUGGCGGGAUUCAAGUGGAAUCAGAUACGAACGGACUUUAUCGACGAAACGACGACGCCAGUAUCAAACAAAUGCGGAAAAAGUAAUCUAGUAGCCCCAAAUCUUAUCGCCAACCAUCACAUAUCACUUUCAGAGGCCUCCCUUGGAUCCUAACAGCAGUUGUGAUUCUCGUUUUGGUCCUGUUAGCUGGAUUAUUAUACUUUGUCCUCAAGGAUUCCAAAUGCACUGCUGACUCACCAAGUUUUACACCAAAAGCAAGUGUAGAAGAGCUGACACAAUGGGAUUGGCCGCGGCCCAGGCAAACCACUGUUUUGGCGUCUUUUACUAAAGCAGCGAUCGUUAGUGAUAAUGCGAUUUGCUCGGAGAUUGGACGGUGAGCAUAUUUUCAAGGCAACUUUUGACGAUGCUUCAAGAAAUUAUUUUUUAAAUUAUCGACUUUUAUGGUAUACUUUACAGGUCUAUUCUCUUGCGCGGAGGCAACGCCGUUGACGUGGCGAUUGCUGUUGGCAUCUGCAUUGGAGGUCUUCAUCCCCAUUCAAGUGGCCUGGGCGGCGGUUUUUUGAUGACUUAUUAUGACAAGUGAGUGUCAAUCGCUUCCUGUGAUUGAUGGCUGUUUGAAAAAAUAAUUUUAGAGAAGCCGGAAAGUGCCGAACAUUGGAUGCCCGUGAAACAGCGCCUCUGGCAACAAACCAAAAUUCGUUCCAUGACAACCCAAAGGAUGCGUUUUUGGGUAGGUUGGAUGCUGCAUUAAAGAAAAAUUUUUGCCUCUCUCUGGCAGCUGUCUUCAUUAACUUUAAAAAAAAUCAAAUUUUACCAUACCCUCAAUAUUUUAAUUGGUCUUUUUAGGUCCCAAAUCCAUCGCCACUCCCGGCGAGCUUCAUGGAUUUUGGUCGGCGUUCAAACGUUUUUCCAGCGGCCGAAUUCCAUGGUCAGAUCUCUUGAUGCCCACUGUUAAACUCCUCAAUAACGGAUAUCCAGCGACCAAAUUGAUGGAGCUGAACUUACAAGCCAAGGAAGCCGACAUUUUGGCCGAACCAUCAAUGAAACCGCACUUCACCAACUCCAAAACCGGAAAACUUUACAAAGAAGGGGAUAUUAUUAAAAAUCCCACACUCGCAGAGACCCUUCGGCGGCUAGCCGUCUCCACUGAUCCCGUCCGAACUUUUUACAAAGGCGAAAUGGGGGAUUUGGUUGCGUUUGAGAUCAAAAAGCUGGGUGGACACGUGACCAAGAAGGAUCUGGAGCAAUACAAAAGUAAAAUUGACGAGAAACCAAUCACAACCACUCCAUUUGGCGAUGAAUUAACGAUCUGUGGACCGAAACCUUCAAGUAGUUCGGCCGUAACUCAGCUGAUUUUGAGUAUCAUGGCAAGAUUUUAUCCCAUUGGAAGCAAAAAAGAGACCGUUUUCAACGAUGUGGAGUAUUAUCAUCGAUUUAUUGAGGCGCAAAAGUUUGCUUACGCUCAGCGGACUAAACUUGGUAAGCCAUAGAGCCAGAGCCAACUACCCUUCAAAAAAAAGUUUUUUUCUGAAAGAUUGAGUUUUAGGGGACCCAGACUACGUUCAUGAAGCCAACGGCGCUCUGCAGAAUAUGACCAGCAAAGAAUUCAUCGACCAAAUUGUUGAGAAAAUCUCGGAAAAAACGCUGAAGGUCAACGAAUACGGAUCUAGUGAAGAGCAAUUGGACGACAAAGGAACGUCUCAAAUUUCGGUUAUUGAUGCUGAUGGGAACGCUGUUUCGCUUACCAGUUCGGUCAAUAAUAUGUAAGCUAUAUAUAUUUAGCGUAAACUAAUCACGAUUUUUCCAGUUUCGGCUCCCUCGUUCGCUCCGAACGUCUCGGGAUUGUUUGGAAUGAUCAAAUGGACGAUUUCUCCCUCCCCGGCAGCAAAAACUUCUUUGGAUUCACCCCGGCUAAAGCCAAUUACAUUGAACCCGGGAAACGACCACUCAGUAGCAUGAGCCCCAUUAUCAUCUACAACUCCAAAACCAAGGAGGCUGAAGCCGCGGUUGGCGCAGCCGGAGGGUCUAAAAUUAUCUCCGCGGUGGCUCAGGUCAUUCUACAGAAACUUGCUUUCAAUCAGACGGUCAAAGAGGCCGUUGAUUUCCCCAGGAUUCAUAAUCAAUUCACGCCAAUUCGGACAGCGUAUGAGAAAGGAGUACCCCAGGUAAUUUAACCUCCGCCGAAAAUCAACUAUGUAUGCCCUAAAAACAUUGUUUCCCCCCGAUUCUCCCUUCUCUUGAAUCUCGACUUAAAAAUUUGCCAAUUAAUUUUCAGAUUCUCCUCGACGAACUCGCAAGACUGGGCCACAAUUUUACAGAGAUGGUAACCCCCUUCUCAACAGUUCAAGCCAUCUUCCGAACCGCCAACGGGCGGUUACAAACAACUUCAGACUUCCGACGACCGGUCUACAUGAAUCCGACGGGAUUUUAG